AUGAUUGAGCAACUUGCUCCUGCACUUUUUGGAGCAUAUGCUGUUACUUAUUCUGUAUAUUUUGUGACUCACCUGGCACGUCACGUGAAGCGUGUAUUCAGUGGUGCUGAUCGUGAGGUGACAGGACCAAGAACCGUUGCUGCCCUUGUUGCCUCUGCUCUUGCUGAAGAAGCCAGAGAGCAGCAAAAAAAGGUAGACCUCCACAAGCAUCCAGCUGUGGUCACAGUACAGGUUGCUCGUACCAAAAGAGUUACAAGACCAAGAACCAUCUCUCCCCUGCCUCCCUCUGCUCCUGGAGAAGAAGCCAAAGAUGAGGAAGUUGAGCAAGUCAAAUGGAAGCGUCCAGCUGUGGUCACACCACAGGCUGUUCAUUCCAAGAGAGUUACAAGACCAAGAACCAUCUCUCCCCUGCCUCCCUCUGCUCCUGGAGAAGAAGCCAAAGAUGAGGAAGUUGAGCAAGUCAAAUGGAAGCGUCCAGCUGUGGUCACACCACAGGCUGUUCAUUCCAAGAGAGCCCUUCUAGAGAAAGAGCAGGAGCAAACUGCUUCAUCAGAGAUGCCACGCCCGUCUCAUGGAGAGCUGUUCCCAGCCCGAGAGCAGGAAGAGCAGCACAGGCAGCAGGUGGAAGAGCCAGAGGAGAAUGGCCAGAACAUCAAGGCAGAGCCACAAGCAGAGCUGCCCGAAGCUCAGAGUGACAUCAUGGCAUUGAAGAGAAAGAACAAGGAUGACAUGAGAAGAGUUCAAGAGGAGAAUCUCAAUCAGCAGAGGGGCGAUCAACAGAACCAGGUGAGUGAAAGAGUGGCAGCCACUCCACUCAUGAAACAUCCUCUCCCUUCUUGUUUACUGACUAACAAGGACCAUGUGCAGGCAGAGCUGCAGGAUUCGGAGGCUAGCAACAAGGUAAGGGAGAAGAGGCUGGAGGAAGAAAUUAAAAUCAUCAGAGAUAAAGCUAAUCGCCUCUCUCAGUCUCUACAAAAGCAAGUGGCCAUAAAGAAAAUAAAUCUUCAAGGACUGCAGAGGAAGCAACUAACAGUUAAUGAAAUCAUGAUCAUGAAGAGGAAUAGGAGUCCCAGUGUUGUGAAUUAUUUAGACAGCUAUCUUCUGGGUGAGGAACUCUGGCUGGUUUUAGAGUACAUGGACGGAGGCGCCCUGAGUGAUGUCAUCAGUGAGACCUUCCUGUCUGAAGAGCAGAUGGCAGCCAUCAGUCGGGAGUGCCUGCGAGGACUGGAUUUUCUUCACUCAAACCACAUCAUCCACCGAGAUGUGAAGAGCGACAACAUCCUUCUCAGAACAGACGGCUCUGUCAAGCUAGCUGAUUUUGGCCUCUCUACUCAGCUCACCCCUGAGCAGAAUAGACGGUGCACGUUAGCCGGGACUCCUUGGUGGAUGGCGCCUGAAGUGGUGACAGGUCAACCAUAUGGCCCCAAAGUGGACAUAUGGUCUUUUGGAAUUGUGGGAAUUGAAAUGGUAGAACGAGAACCUCCUUACUGCAACCAAAGUCCUGCCUCGGCUCAACGCCUUAUAGCCACAGUAGGGACCCCAAAGCUGCGACAUCCCAAGCUCCUCUCAGCUUUGCUGCGUGACUUCCUGAGCUGCUGCCUUCAGAAAGACGAGGAGGAGCGCUGGUCUGCCAUGGAGCUCCUGCAGCAUCCAUUUGUGACUUCAGCCAAGCCAGCAUCUAUCCUGUCACAACUGAUCAACUCAGUCAAGAAGAGGAAGAAGAAUUAG